CAAGAGCUCUCCCCACCCCCACCCCGGCUCCGAAGCAAAGCGGGCUUGGCUGUAGGAGAAACUACAUUUCCCAGAGGUCUUCGUCCCACCGCUGCGAAGCCUGUUGUUUUCGGAGUAGCUGGCGCCGGAACGGCGUGACCGGCGGCUCGGCAUGGCUCUCUUGGCCGGAUCCAUCGGUCGCCAGUCGGGCCUCGUCAGUAGGUCGGCGGCGCUACUUGAUGCCAGGUGGCUGCAGCCCCGGGCCUGGCUGGGGUUCCCCGACGCCUGGGGACUCACCGCCACGCCACAGACCCGGGGCAAGGCGCGCGGGAACGAGUAUCAGCCGAGCAACAUCAAACGCAAGCACAAGCACGGCUGGGUUCGGCGCUUGAGCACGCCGGCUGGCGUCCAGGUCAUCCUUCGCCGCAUGUACAAGGGUCGCAAGUCGCUGAGCCAUUGAAGAGCGCUGUGCUGCCGAUGGAAAACCACCCCCACCCCUAUUCUCACCUCGGACCUCUCCGGCUGCUGGGGAGCAAGGGCGACUCAGACAUGAGUACUCCUCAGAUUGUGGGGUUGGCCCAAGGACAGAAGUCGGGUUGGACUGAAAAGGGGAGUGGGAAGUCAGACUUUGCCAAGUUGCCUUUUACGCUUUUGAAUUAGAAAGAAUUUUGAAUAUAUGGCACCAGUCCACAGACUAGUACAGUGAACCCCGUUUACCCAGUACACGGCUCUGACAACCAGUGAUCCACACUCUGCCUGCCCCCUUCUGUGUUAAUUAGAAGCAAGUCUCAAACAUCUGGUUAUUUCUUAUGUGAGUAUUUCAGAAUGCAUCUCUCCAAGAAAAGGGCUCUUUAAAACAAUCACAAAACUUUUCGCACCUAGAAUAAUAGUCAAUAAUUUCUUAAUACCAUGAAAUGUCUUAUAAAUGUAUAAACUUCCGCUUGUCUUACAUGCAUCAUAACUUUAACAAGUCUGGAAAGGCUUGUGGGGAGGUAGGAGGGGUUUGAAUCCUUUGCCUGAUGGAUUGUGUGAUCUUGAACAAGGUCUUAGCCCUCAGGCUCAUUUGAAUCCUGUAAAAUGAGAUGCUUGUUUUUCAUUUGCUGUGUUGUUGGAGUAAUAAUACUUAGUGGUUUUCACAUAGUAA